ACGUCUGAGAUAUAGGGAGGAGCAGUGCAGUUGGGUGCCUUGUAUGUCAGAGUCCAAAUUUUGUGUUUAAUCCUGGAGGCAAGAGGAAGCCAGUGAAGGGCUUGGCAGAGAGUUGCAGCAGAUGAAGAGCGAUGUGUAAGGAAAAUGAGCCUGGUACAGGCAUUCAUUAUGGAUUAUAAUGGAGCUAGGCAGCAGCUGGGAAGACCAGAGAGGAUGGAGUUGCAGUAGUCGAGGUGGGAAAGGAUGAGAGAGUGGUCUCAAAUCUUAGUUGUGUCUUGUGUAAGGAAAUGUCUAAUUUUUUAGAUGUUUUUAAGGUGGAAGCGGCAGGAUUUGGCCAAGGACUGAAUUUGAGAAGUGAAAGAAAAAUCAAGUCAAGUGUGACAUGCAGGAUCUCCUGACCAAAUUGAAUGAACUUCCAUUUAAGGCCAUUAUUUCCCAUUGACUUCUAAGAGGACCUCUGCUUGUCUGAAAUGAAUGUGCAACACAGCAGCGUAUAAACUGAGACCCCCUGUCAGAUAGUGGGAAGCCCAUUUUGCUGGAAUGACAGCUCAGCCCACGUGAAUGUGUCAGAGACUGCAGGGAGGCGCACUGAAGAUCUUCCUUAUUUCCAGGACUAUGCAGACAACUUCAGGAUGGUGUCAGCCAAGGAGACAGAUAUGUAUGACGCUAUCUUGGAAACAAACGAUGGGUCCAGUUCUGAUGCCAGCUGGUACUUUCCAUACCCACUGGGCUUCCAGGUGUCUCUCACCAGCUUCCUCAUGCUGGAGAUUGUGCUGGGCUUUAGCAGCAACUUGACAGUCCUUGUACUCUACUGCAUGCAGUCUAAUUUGGUAGAUUCUGUUAGCAACAUGGUAACCAUGAACCUUCAUGUGCUGGACAUCAUCAUCUGCGUCAUAUGUGUACCACUGACUAUUGUCAUCAUCCUUAUACCCCUGGAGCAAAAUAUAGCUCUGGUUUGCUGCUUUCAUGAGGCAUGUGUGACAUUCAGCAGCAUUGCCACAGCCAUCAACGUCCUGGUGAUCAGUCUGGAUAGAUAUGAUAUCUCUGUGAGACCUGCAAACCGUGUUCUUACACCCAAUAGGAUGGUGCUUCUUCUAACUUGUGUCUGGUUCGUUUCGCUAAUGGUUUUCUUUAUACCCUUCUUCGAGGUGGAGUUUUUUGGUGACCCAGAUCACAUGGCUACUUGGCAGAAUCGGACUUUGCUUUGUGUGAGUGUCAAUGAAUACCACACUGAAGUAGGUAUGUACUACCACCUAGUAAUCCAGAUUCCUAUCUUCUUUGUAGCCGUGGCUGUUAUGCUUGUAACCUACUCAAAAAUACUCCAAGCUCUCAACAUUAGGAUUGGAAAUCAUUUCAAACGAAGCCAACGCCGGAAAACAAAAAAAAGAAAGAAGAGAAAAUCCUCAGACCAAAGCACCAUAGGGGAAACCAAGAAACUGGCGCCCCCUCCGGUUGUUCAGAACCCACCUAUGAGGGUACAAGCAUCUGUAUCUGUCAUCAUAGCUCUGAGACGAGCUGUGAAGCGACACAGAGAUCGUAGGGAAAGACAAAAGCGUGUCUUUCGGAUGUCUCUCAUUAUUAUCACCACAUUCCUAUUAUGUUGGGCUCCCAUUUCCAUUGUAAACCUUCUCAUUCUCUGCCUGGGGCCCAGUGACCUCCUGGUAAAGCUACGCAUUUGUUUCAUCACCAUGGCCUAUGGUACAACUAUUUUUCACCCUCUGGUCUAUGCCUUCACCAGGCAGAAGUUUCGUAAUGUACUGAAAAAUAAGAUGAAAAAAAGGGUGGUCUCUGUGUUGCAAGUUGAUCCAGCUCCUGGAGGGACAGUUAUACAUAACUCUUGGAUUGAGCCCAAGAAGGCCAGAAAGAACAAGAUGGAGUGCAGUGACGGGACAGACCGAUGCCUCACAGAUGCAGUGAAAGACUGAUCCUUUACAAUAUAAGGGUUGACUAAUUAUUGCCACAUUACAUGGCAGAGGUAUAACAAUGGCUGCUAGGGCACAAUUAAUAUUUUUUUGGAAUUCUUAAUCUUUAUACAUAAACCACUUAAAAUAAGUACUGUGUAUGGUUCUAUGUUAUCAUGCACAACUUGCAGUGCACUGGUAUCUUACCUCCGGGGCAUAGCUUGCCACUCUUCCUUUAAGCCCUUCCAAAGCUGGAUAAACUAAGCCCUGUAUUGUGCCCUGAACUGAAACUCCAACACGAUUAUUAGCUAUGUUAAUAUCAGUAUCCAAGGAUUCCCAGGGCACCAAGCUACAAGCCUUUUAGCAGAUAGACAAAUGUAUUGUAACUUAAAAAGUAGUUUAGAAAAAGCUUUCUGUAAAUUCACAAUGACUGAAACUCAAAUUGAGGAUACUUUGGAAGGCAGAAAAAAUGGACAGUCUAACAAAUCCUGUAUUUUUAUACCAUUACCUGAGAUCAAUUUGAAUUCCUUACUGUAACUACAUACUGUACAGAUAGCACUGUAAAAAAUAAUAUACUAAAUAGGUUUUUUUAGAGGAAAACAAUAGGUUGUUGUCACUAGAUAUUCAGCCUUGCAUCAAAUGACUUUUAAAUCUCUGUAGGGACACUUUAGUAAUAGCAUAAUAGUUUUGCAUAUAUUUUAUUUCCAAAUAUAAAUUGUAAUGUAUUCUUCCACUUUUUAAGAAAUUAUACAAACAUACAUUUAUAUAUAUAUAUAUAUAUAUAUAUAAAAACUUCCAUUUUCUUGAGAAGCUGGAAAAAGAUUAACGUCAGCUGCCUCCAACCCUGUGUGGAUGCACAGGGGCUUUUAUGUAUGAACGAUGAUUCGCUAAUGUAAUAUUAUGUGUGAGUGAGCAGAAUUUCCUAUAUCCAAUCAUCCAAUGCAGUAAUGUUACUUUUACUGAAGCACAAGUGGACAACUCAACUAAAGGCAAUAGUGUCACAGUGACAUGAUCAGCGCAAAAUCAAUGCAAAGUAUCUAGACAGACUGAGGACUGAAGUCAGACUUAGCUUGCUUUCUGUCACAUGACAGUCAAGUCUAGCUUUUAGCAAGUGGGACCUGCAUUAGUGUAAAUGGAUUAAUGGUUUGCUUAGCCCUAAAGCUAUCAAAGAGAGUUGCAGUAAAGGGUGAAGUGAUGUGCUGCAGCUCUCUCUGUCAGUCAGGUGGGUGAGUUAUAACUGUAUUUGCCAUAGAGAGAAAAAUGCACAUUUGCAGAUAUGUUCUUGUUUGUUGUGUUUAUUUUCAGUGCUGGAGCUGGAAAAGAUAAUGAUAUAAAGAGAAAAAAAUCUUCAACAAA